AAGGAUGAAUAUAUAUAUGUAACGUAGGUUGGCUACAAAAAUGGUGAAUUAGACUCUCGCUCAAGUGUCUCUAUCACAGCUGUUCCGCUGUAUCAGAGCGGUGCUGUUUGACAGAUCGGCUUUCUAAUCGGUCUCUCUCUCCAUGGAGAAUCAAAACCAAAUAAAACUCGGAUAGCAAGAUUUCCGUACCAUAUUUUUCGUUAGAAUCGUCAGACGCGACGAAUUUGCGCGGAUUAUGCGUUAUAUACGUCAAUCAACAUUGAUGGAUGUCUGAAUUAAUGUCGAAAGAUUAAUAUAAUAUGCAGCCGUUCGGCAGUAAACGGAUGACAUGAGACGUGCGUGUACCGUGAUGAGGAACUGCGAUAUUAUUAAGCAUCGGGUGGGAUACUUGCCGUUAGCGAAAACGAAAAAUGUUCGUCAGAGAUCCCUGUGGCAUCAUAUGCAUCAUCGUCACCUACAUAGCGGUGUUUUAUGCGGAUUAUGUUGUAGUACGAUGGAUCGUGUUGCAUACUAUGCAAGACAGCUUAUGGGGCCCAUUCCAUGUAGUAGCAUUCAACACUGUUGUACUUCUUUUAAUGAUGGCACACUUGAAAGCUGUCUGUAGCGAUCCUGGUAUAGUACCCUUACCACAAAAUAGAAUGGACUUUUCCGAUAUUCAUGCUUCUGGAGGUAGUGAAGAUCAUGAAGGCGAUGAAAAGGACGAUUGGACAGUAUGCACUAGAUGCGAAACAUAUAGGCCACCUAGAGCGCAUCACUGUAGAAUUUGCAAACGUUGCAUCAGGAGAAUGGAUCAUCAUUGUCCAUGGAUCAAUAAUUGUGUCGGCGAGAGGAAUCAAAAAUACUUUAUACAAUUUCUGGUAUAUGUUGGUGCAUUAGCUAUAUAUGCUAUUAUUUUAGUUAUUGUGUCAUGGAUUUAUGACUGCCCGCAAUGCAAUAAUGAUAUUGCAAUCAAGCAAAAUCGCAUUUUACAUUGUGUGAUAUUAGUUUUGGAGUCCGCAUUGUUUGGUAUGUUUGUCAUAGCGAUUCUGGUGGAUCAGUUUCAAGCGAUUCUAGGUGAUGAAACCGCUGUGGAACGAGUACAAGGUAUACAACAGCGUUAUCACAAUAAGAAUACACCACGGACAUUUACACUUUUGUCCCAAGUAUGUGGCAAGAGCCAUCCUAUAUUUUGGUUGUUGCCUUGCCACAAUCCACCGCGUUAUUCCUUCAGGAAGGAUGCGUAUUUAAUCGACCACGAAGUUUGAGAUUAGACAGAAGAGUGUAUUAUAUCUGCACAGUAUUUCUUUUCUUUGUAUUAUUUUUUUAUACAAUUUAUUAGUGAUUCUUUCUUCUUAGAUUAUUAACUUAAUAUGCCUUUGUGCAUGAAUUAUAUAUUGACAUUAUUAUAGAUUUGAGACUUGUAGCUAUAAUUUUUCUACGGCGCAAAAAUAAAAUAUUUAUAUAUCCU